CCCACUUCAACCUCAAGAUGAGCGCUGGUGCCGGAGAAGGAGCAUACAGCUUCUCGCUGACGACGUUCUCGCCGAGCGGCAAGCUCGUCCAGAUCGAGCAUGCUCUCGCUGCUGUCUCGCAGGGAGCCACGUCGCUGGGCAUCAAGGCAUCCAAUGCAAUUGUCAUCGCCACGGAGAAGCGUCCUCCCUCGCCGCUCGUGGACGACUCGUUCCUCGAGAAGGUCUCGCUCGUCUGCCCCAACAUCGGCAUAGUCUAUUCGGGCAUGGGACCAGACUUCAGGGUGCUCGUGGCCAAGGCACGAAAGUGUGCACAAGCUUACUGGAAGAUCUAUGGAGAGUACCCGCCGACAAGGGUGCUCGUGCAGGAGGUGGCUACCAUCAUGCAAGACGCGACACAGAGCGGAGGUGUGCGUCCGUUCGGCGUCUCGCUGCUCGUGGCGGGAUACGACAGCGCACGAGGCCCCUCGCUGUACCAGGUAGACCCCUCGGGCAGCUACUUUAUGUGGAAGGCGAGCGCGAUUGGUAAAAACAUGACAAACGCAAAGACGUUCCUCGAGAAGCGCUACAAUGACGACAUUUCACUCGAAGAUGCCAUUCACACGGCAUUGCUCACCCUCAAAGAGGGUUUCGAGGGUCAGAUGACGGAGAAGACAAUCGAAAUUGGUAUUGUCGGGACCUCGACCCAGGCGCCCAUUGGCCAGAGCGGGAAACUGGUGCCUGUCUUCAGGAAGCUGACCGAAAGCGAAGUUCGCGACUACCUGGCGCUUUGAGCUUUGCAUAUCCCAUUGUAGAAUAAAGAGAACAAGAAUGACUACACCGUUCUAACGACACGCUCGCAAGGGAUGAUGAUGCGAUCUAGUAGGUCAAGUCCACAUCUUGGGUAAGUUCGACCUGGGCGACACCGCCCAGAAAGUCGGUGAUUUUGACCUGGUCGAUGGGUCUCUUGAACAAGUCUGUCCGCACGCCUGGG